GACGAAUAGAUGCAGGGUAGCUGCAGGAGCCGACCUGCACGAUUGGGAGCGGUACCUACUACCCCUCUCAUCCUUCGUCUCACAUAGACGCUGCCCUGCCUCGCCACUCGUUCUAUUGCUGCCGCAAAACUAUGAUGACUUCCAUUGUUGCUCGCGGAUGAGGUACGCAGUUUACGCUCAUUGCCACAAUUCUUUACGCUUUUCACGACGCCGAUUCAUACGGGCCUUGCGCAUAUAGCGAUUUCUCGCUGGACGAACUCGUCAAAUGGCACAGCAGGGCUUCGAAGAAGACCUCUUACGAAGAUGGUUCCCUCGCAACGCUGAAGACACUUUGACGCCCUUCACGGAGAACGACAUUCGCGAGAUCGCAGAUGUGUUGACUCGCUGUGCACGGGAGCGCUGGAGCCGGGUUCCAAGGCUUUAUAGCAUUCUCAGGAAGAUUGGCCAGCUAGACACGAUUGACUUAUUUAUUGACAGCGACAUUACAGAUGUCUAUUUCCCAUUCACCAAGAGCACGCUACCGGAGGAGCUGCGCGAGCAUUCUGCACGACUCAGAUUCCUCGAGUUGCAACACCUCGUCUACAACCGGGAAGCACUAAAUCUUGAGCGAGAUGCGCCUCAUGGACACUUCAGCGAAUCUGAAGAGGUACCUCUCAAGAAGGUUGGAGAGCUGGGCAAAGGUGGAUUCGGAUACGUCGAUCGCGUCGUCAGCACCAUAAGUCAUAAGGAGUAUGCACGCAAGCUCAUACUGAGAGGAAAGACCUUUAAGAAGGAUAAACAAGUCUUGAAAGAGUUCACGAAAGAGCUAUGUAAUCUCAAGAAGCUAUCCCACAAGCACCUCGUUGAGUUGGUCGGCAGUUAUACGGACAAGAAAUACGUAGCCAUCGUCAUGCUCCCGGUAGCCGAUGCGAAUCUGCAGACGUUUCUGGAGAAAACAGAUUUUGACGAGAACUCCCGAUCCUUCUUAAGACCUUUCUUCGGCUGUCUGUCUUCCGCGCUAUGCUAUCUACACGACAAUCGUAUCCGACACAAAGACAUCAAGCCGUCAAACGUACUUAUCAAGGGCGACCAGGUCUACUUCACUGACUUCGGGACAGCACUCGAUUGGUCCAGCAGUGGCAGUAGCGUCACAGCGACCGCAGCGCCUACGACUCCCCGUUAUUGCGCUCCUGAAGUCAUGGCCUACACCGAACGUAGCUCAUCGUCUGAUAUCUGGUCCUUUGGCUGCGUAUUCUUGGAAAUGUGGACCGUCCUGAAAUCGCGCACGCUCGAAGACUUAGGAGCACACAUGAAUGCGCAUGGUUCUGGCGCGAAGGCGUAUCACUCCAACGUCGAAGCCGUCACCAUGUGGAUAGAAAUUCUUCGACACUCCUCAGGACCACCAAGUGACCACAUUCCCUCCAAUUGGAUUGUAAACAUGCUACAAGAUAAACCGGCAAACCGUUGGAAUAUCCACACUCUCGACGAUCAAAUCCAGGAAGCGAGCAUAGACCCAUCAUCAGAGCAUGCGUUCAAGGGUUUAUGCUGCCUUGAGCCAGAUGACGAUACUACCGAUGAAACAGGAUCCUUC